AUGGUAUUGGUGUCUGUCGGCCUAAUUCUCAGCAAGCUUGCUGGUCUAUCUCUCGACUUCCAGUCGUCACAUGUUGAUAUUGCGGCUAGUAUCGCUAAAACAACUGUACUAAUCCGUGAUUUGGAAACCCUUGCCAAUGAGCAAACCCUGCUUGCUGCUGUGUCAGAAGAUGUUGCGCAGCUGAAUCGCAAGCUUGAUGAAAACGGAUUAUUCCCAGACCCUCAGAAGCGGCGAGCAGCAAGACCCGCAGAUACACCUGUUGCAACUUCCCUUACCAGUUAUAUCCAUGACAUCGUUGUCGAGCUCAAGGCUCGUUUUAAGGGUGAUAACAAGCUACUUAGUCGCCUAUCGACUUUCGAUGACCCAGUAUGGAAAAUAAAGGCUACUAGGGUGGCUGAUGAGGUUGGUGUAGACGUGGAGAUUAUUAGAAAAGAAGCUGAUGUCAUUGGGAGGCACAUUGAGUGCAGUGGGCUGCGAGAGAAGAUGACCGAGUCCAAGGACCAGGCUGGUUGCUGGCAG